ACACACUCGCGCGCCCUGGAGGCGGAACAUGCCUCCGUUCUUCUCUGCGUUCAGAGCCCUUCAGCUUGAGCUGUCUGGGGCUCUUCCCUUGAGUUUAUCAUGAUGGGAUCUAUUUUCAUGAGGUGAUUUUAGGGGUAAGGAUUGAACGCGUGCAGAUGGAGAUGAUUGUGCUGGUGUCAGCGCUGCUGUGCGUUCAGACCUCCGUCAGCUCUCCAGUCUCCACAGCUGCUCAGGCUCAGGGUUUUCUGGAGCGAUAUGGGUACCUGCACAAGCAGAAUGAAUCUCACAGCACAGCUGAAGUCAAGUCUGCCAUCAGAGAGUUUCAGUGGUUGUCUCAGCUGCCCGUCACUGGAGGUCUGGACGGGGUCACUCUGGAGAAGAUGAGGUCGCCCCGCUGCGGGGUUCAGGACGCCGGCAGUCAUGGUGCCUGGGGUCAAAGGGUCAGCAGCAUCUUCACAGGCCAACACCUCCGUAAGAAGCGAUACGCUCAGACAGGAGAGAAGUGGCACAGACGUCACCUGACGUAUCGUAUCAUGAACUGGCCGCGUAAUCUGUCUCCCAGUCAAGUGCGUGUGGCGGUGAAGACGGCGUUCCAGCUGUGGAGUAAUGUGUCUGGACUGAUCUUCCAGGAGCUCCAGCACGGUCCCGCUGACAUCCGACUGGCCUUCUUUGAAGGGGAACAUAAUGAUGGGACAGGAAAUGCAUUUGAUGGGCCAGGUGGUGCUCUGGCCCAUGCGUUUUUCCCUUUCCGCGGUGAGGCUCACUUUGACAUGUCUGAACGCUGGACCCUGAGCAGUCUCAAAGGACACAACCUGUUCCUGGUGACGGCCCAUGAAAUUGGCCACACUCUGGGAUUGGUUCAUUCACCUGUCCGUCACGCUCUCAUGUCACCGUACUAUAAGAAGAUGGGCUCGAAUGCACUGCUCAGUUGGGAUGAUAUCACUGCUGUACAACAGCUGUACGGUAAACAACGGGGGAAUUCAGUGCAGCAGUUGGCAGGACGGACUCUGAGAUGGGACAUGUGGGAUUGGCAGAUUUCUCAAGACCCUAAAGGAAGUUCUCUGACACCUCACUACUGCCAGGGAUUCUUUGAUGCCGUCACCAUGAAUGAGAAUGGGACAGUGCUGGUGUUUCAGGGCCAUCGUUUCUGGAUGGUGUCUAAUGGCAGCGUGAGUGGUCCUCUUUCUCUUCAGACACGCUGGCCGCAGCUGUCAUUGGCUAUUGAAGCGGCUGCCUUCUCCCCACUCGACAGAAAACUCUACUUCUUCAAAGGACGACGGGUCUGGCGUUCUGGCUCUGAUCUGGACCCUGGAUUCCCCAUGAAGAGCCGUGAUCUGGGUUUGCCGAAUCAUCCUGACUGUGCCUUCUUCUACCAGCCGCUGGAACGCAUGGUGAUCUUCAGAGGAUCCCGAUACUACGUUCUGAACCCGGAGUCUGUCAGUGUGGAGCCGUACUACCCUCGUGCCCUGAGGGACUGGAAGGGGCUUCCCCGCGGACUUAACGGGGCCUUGGCCCGGCCGGACGGAAAGCUGUAUUUCUUUAAAGAUCAGCAGUACUGGAGGUUUGAUCCUGGAAAGCUGCGGAUCACUGCAAAUGGACGGUGGACACAGAGACUGCCGUGGAUCGGCUGCCGCACAGCGCCAUCAUUACAGGGUAAUGACAUACUCUGACCAGCAGAGGAAGACAAACAUCAUUCACAAUAAUACACAACCGAAAUCUCUGCAAAUCUACCAAUGCAACCAGAAAUGUUUUAUGCUGAUUGCCAGUGAGUACCUCAAUGUCCACGUUUCAUAUUAACAUAAAGACAUUGCAUUUUUGCAAAAAAAAAAAUCACAGUGUUAAGUACAUUUAAGCAGCUGAAAAGUACCUUAAGUAUCUUUUUUUUUAAUGUUAUCAGAAAGGUAACAAUCAGAUAUCUAAAUACUUAGUCUAGCCAAAUGAAAUCAUUUAUGUAAAGAAUUUAUAAUAGCUUUAGCCAAAUAACUCAAGUGCUGGGUUGACUACCAAUACCAACAUCUAUCUCAUAUGAAAUGUGAUCCUAAUCAAAUGCAUCAAUUGCCAUCUUAGCUGUAUUAUAUCCCUAAAUUAAAUCUAGUGCUAGAAACACACGGGAAUGUCAUAAAAGCUUUUGUUUGCACAGAAUUGUAUGGCAAGGUUUACUAUAUCCAUGAAAAUUGAUUAUAUUUUUGUUAUUUAUUUAGAAUGAUAACUAAAAUAAUGUGAACUAAAUAAUUUAAUAUAUACUUUGACUUGGGCUAAUUUGUGUUUUAAUAAAGCAUGA